UCCUGAUGAGUCCGAGUCGAACGACUCGGAUUCACGUUCCACUCCGUGGGCUCUCAUCGCCGUAUGUGAAAGAUUAGUGGCUGUACUAGUAUAGUACACAGUACGGAUAAAAUGAUUGCCAUCACAUUCAGAAUCGGUUCUGUCUUUCUCCAUGCAGGACCUCCAACUCCUACAGCCUUCUAUCGAAAACACGUUUGGAGCACUUUUUAUCGGGGUCACUCUUGCGGCAUUCCUCUGGGGUAUAAGCAAUAUUCAAACGUUUUUCUACUUUCAGACGCAUAGAGGCACAGGAAUAACAUUCUUUAAAGUGGUUGUCAUUUUAUUUUGGAUACUUGAUGCUCUGCACCUGGUCUUCAUUGUCCAUUGCAUCCAUUAUUACUUAGUGACAAAUCACGCAAGAAUGGGUGCGCUCUCAAACAUUGUAUGGAGUUUUAAACUUCAGGUCAUAUGUUAUGCUCUCAUCACAAAGGGUGUACAAGCUCUGUAUGUCCACCGCCUAUGGAUAGUCAGCAAGGGCCGAUCGAGAGCUCUCUUUAUAAUAUUAAUGAUGUGCAUAACCGUGGCCCUCGCUUUAGGUGUUGACAUCGUCCUUGUUUGGGUAUUGUAUCAGUGCCAUCAGUUUUCAGACUUGAUUAGAGUAGAGUGGGCGGCAUACGCGGCUUUGGGCACGGUUACUUUUGUCGAUAUCCUUAUUGCAUCAUUGAUGUGGUAUUUCCUCGCUACCUCCCGCACUGGGUUCUCUAGGACGGAUUCCUUCAUCAACAAGCUUAUGGCUUACACCGUUAAUACUGGCUGUAUCACGAGUAUAGGUUCAGUGGCAAUUAUAGUCACAUGCGCAGCGAUGCCAAACAACUUUAUCUAUCUUGGCGUUGCAUUUUUAGUAGCUAAAUUAUAUGUCGGCUCGUUUCUCGCACUCCUGAAUAUGCGAUACUACUUGCAGGGCAAUGCGAACAAUAUCGAUUCCGUCAACACGCACCGUGCGCGCCAAUUCCUCUACCGACCGGAGCCGCACAUUAGGGUGCCACAAGUGGAGGAGGAACUCCAGGCCUCCCAGGAGAACAUAUGUAAACAUGACGAUGAAACGGAUUUCACUCGUCCUGUACAGAUUGACAAGCCACAGCCUCCACCGAUUGCCAUCACAGUUGAGAUAAGUUCUUUCUCGUCAGCUUAAUAGGUUGUCAUGCAUGUAUAUCGUCCGCCUGUCUCUUAUAGACUUUUGAGGCCACGGAUUAUAACAUCGAUUACUACCUCUGUGCAUUCUGAUGUACUGCAUGGUUAAACCCAGGGUUAGGCUCUCCAAAUACCUUCAACAUCGAGGUUCGGAGCCGAACACAUUCUCCUUGUGCCAGAUAAGCUCAGAACCCUAUAAUCUCGUAAGGUAUUUAGUGGCCGCCGAAGCU